UUUAUUUGUUUGAUCAGAAAAAUAACAAAAAUUCUACUCAAUGUUUUCUUAACACUGAAUUGUCCUUUGUGAUAUGAUCAUUACCAUUAUCAUCAAUUUUUUUUUAUUUAUUAAAAACCGGUGAUUACCGGACAUAAAUAAAUUGCAAUCAUUAUAUUUGUUGUGUGUGUGUGUGUGUGUGUGUAUGUAUGAGAAUAUCGUUUAAAUGUUGAAUGGAUCAAAGUCGUAUAUGCAUUUUAGUCGGACAAAAAACAUUUAGUGAUAACCAACGUACUAAUGGAUCAUAUGUGCAGAUUUGGAUAAAAAUUGGUAUUUGAAAUUAAGAAUCAUUGGGUUAAAAUUUAAUUUAAUCCAAUCACUCGAUACUCUACUUUUUUUUAUUUAAUCAAUCCAAUAUUCCAAUAUAUACGUUUGAAUGACAAAUCAAUUUCAAGUGUAUCCAUCAAUCUAUAGAAUCAAUCAUCAUUGUCAUAAGUGGAGAAUGAUAAUCGAUUAUAAAUUGGCCACAUGGUUUUUCUCUAUCUGAUUGUUGAUUAAUUGAUUGGAUGACCCACUUCAGUGAUCAAUUGAUCAAUGUCAUCAUCAUCAAUAAAUUGAUAGUUUACAUAAUAAUCAUUUAUCAUCAACCUUUUCAAAAAUAAAUUGUUUUCGAAAAUUUUGAGCCAAUUGAAAUGUCUAUUAGUGGCUUGGUGCCUCAUAACAAAAUGAAUCGAACAAUAAUCGAAAAAAAAGAUUGUAUCAUCAGAGAAAAUACUUUCUUAUCAUGGAUUUAUCUCAACUAUGAAUUUGUUUUCAUUUAUUUUAUUAUGUUUAUAAUUUUAUUGUCAUCACCUGUGCUUAGUAAUGAUAGUUUCAAUCAAACAAUAAUUGAUUCAUCAUCAUCAUCAUCCCAACGUUCCAAUAUCUAUUCAUCGGCUACAAUCAUGAUGAAUGAUAAAUCCUCAGUAGCAGCAACAGUAGCAUCGCCGACAAAUAUGAUCAAUUCACCAGUAGAUUUAUUGAAUCAAAUUGAUACAUCGUUGAAAAAAUUCACUACAUCUAAUCCUAUGAUGAAUUUUCGCCAUAAAGAUCGACGUACAAUAUCGUCAAGAAAUGUGAAUAGCAUUAGAACUCGUCAUCAUUCUUUGUUUUGGUCAUCAUCACCAUCAUCAUCAUCAUCACUAGUUACAAUGAGACAAUCACAAUCAUCAUUAUCACCAUUUUCUGAUAAUUCAUGUCGAUCCAAUUGCUCGGGUCAUGGUGAUUGUUAUAAUGGUACUUGUUUCUGUGAGGUUGAAUAUAGCGGUGGAACGUGUGAUCAUCCAAAUCUUAAAUAUUAUAUUUCCUUUUCAACCGUUUACUAUAUGAUUUGUGUUGUAUCAUUCAUUCAGCUUAUGUUGUGUAUUAAUUCAGAGAUUGCAAGACAAAAACCACGAUCAAUAACAAGAGCAUUCCGUGUAAACAUCCAAAAGGCAUUGUAUUUUUUCAUCUGUAUUGCAACAGCAAUUCGUGGUUUUUAUUUUAGUUCACCAUCAAAUGGUCAAUUAGCAUGGACCGAAAGUUUAAUGUCUGCCUAUUAUCCAAUACUGAUGAGUGGAUCAUCAUUGUUGGUCUGUUUUUGGGCCGAGGUUUUCCAUUUGGAUGCCAGUGUUGAACAAUCUCAUUUUUUGGACAAAUCUUUUUUCGGAUUCAUUCUAUUCAACGGUAUUAGUUAUUCACUUUAUCUGGCUGAAUUUCUUCUAUUAUCUUUUACGAAUCCUACGGAUACUGACAAGGGUUUUUUCAUGAGCAUAUUCAACAGUAUCUAUGCAUUCUUAAUGCUUGUUGUAGUCAUAUUCUUUCUCAUCUAUGGUGUUGAAGUUUAUUUCAAAGUUCGUGGAGCAUUCGCUCCUGAUCGUGAAACUGAAUCAUCUGAAUCGAUAAGCGCCGAUAUUUCACAAUUGCAACAAUCCCGUUUAGGAUUGAUUUCACAAGCCGUAUUAUUGCUGGUGACAAUUUUAUUUAUGCUUUCCGAAGUAUUCGGUUUCCUUUGGAAAGAUAAGGUUGCAGUUUUAUCACGAAACUAUCAUCAAGUCAUGUUUCGGGUGGUUGAAUUUGGUGUUGCAUUAUGGUUUCCUUGUGUACUAUGGAAUUGUAUACAGCCUGAACAGCUUUGGAUUCUGAAUCCACGAAGAAUACUGAAACGAAGACAAUCACAAUUUGAUCAUCGAUCUAUGAAAUCUUUGGAUGAUGAUGAUAAAUGUCGUUUGGCCAAUCAAAGUGUGGCCGAAUCGGAAUAUCUGGUGGGAGGUCGUUUGGAUGCUGCUAAAAGCAUGACCACCAUACCAGAAUGUUGGAUUUGUUAUGAAACAGCUUUAUCGAAGCCAGAAGCCGGUCCAAUGAUUCAACCAUGUUUAUGUCGAGGUGAUGUAUCGGCUGUACAUCAUAGCUGUUUACUACGAUGGCUAAUGGAAUCAUGUUCAAGUUCUACUGCUCCGGUUUCCUGUAAAGUUUGUGGCAGUGCUUACAAGGUUGAACAUUCACAAGAAACUGUUUGGCUUCCAGCCGGUUUAACCAUUGCUCAUUGGUUUAAGACUGCUACCAUCAUAAUGAUCAUGUGUUGUACGCUUGGUGGUUCCAUUAUGAUCGUUAAGCUAUUUCAUCAUAUGUACGUCAAAAUGAUAUCGGUUGGAUCUGCAAUUCUGGUCGAAUAUAUUUGUCUCAGAUUUCUUGGAUUCAAUAUGAUUUCGGCUUAUCAUCGAGCCAAAUUAUCUGCAAUCAAAAUUAUGGGACGACGAAUUCAGAUCAAUCAACAACAAAAUCAAAAUAUGAAUAAUAAUCAUCUAAAUGAUAAUGGUGGUUCAAUUGUUGAAGAAUCAUCAUCGGUAAAUUUUGCAGUGGCCAAAGAACAGGAAACGGUUCAUACGAACAAUACAAAAAAUCAUCAUAACGAUAAACAAUCACAUUCACAAGUAGAAUUGGUAUAUAUGAAUCAUACCGAUAAUAAUUCUAAUGAUAAUAAUAUGACAAUUAUUACCAAUAAUAAUCAAUCAUCAUCAUCAUCAUCAUCAUCAUCGAUCAAACAUUUAAAUGUCGGUAGUAGUGAACAAUCAUUAACCGUUCAACAAGCGUCAAUAGUUACUGUUUGUACAGAAUCUAGAUUAUGUUGAUGGCAAAACUGUUGAAACCAAAACAAAUCAAAUCAAUAACUAUGUAGUGAUAUAUUUUGUUCGAGUGAUCAUUAUAAUAAUUAAUGGCAAUCAAUUAGCCAUGAUUAUGAUUUAUUUUAUUUAUCAUACUUACCGAAGCAAUAAGUCUUUCUGUACAUAUUUAUAAUUCAUCAUUGAUUUAUAUUCUUAUUAUUUGAACUUUGAUUUUUUUCUUAAAUUGAUGAUAAUGAUGAUGUUUGUAAAUUAGCCACAAAUCCAAACCUAUCUAUAUAUAUAUAUAGAGCAUUGUAUCCGAUAAAUAAAUUCCGGUGAAAAAGUGCAAAUAAAUAAUCAAUUGAAUUGAA